AUGAACGAAGCACCACCCAGUCCACUGGGUGACGCUGCUGUUGAUGAUGAAACUCGCAAACGGCACAAGGGAGACGAGGAACGCCGCAAGCAUCGUUCUUCCCGCGAAGGAAAGAGCAGCAGUGACGCCAAUAAUGGCGAGCAAAGCAGGAAGAGCGGUGAGAGACGCUCAUCGAACCGCAAAGAAAAAAGUCGCGAUCAAAAAACACGUGUUAGAGCCAUGAAGGACCGAUCGGAAGCCAUGGCCGACGGAUCCAAUUUGUCGCAUGGCACAAAAUCCAUCAAAGACGAUUCCCAUGGCAGCGUGGAGGGUGACGUCAUGAACCGAUCCAAUAUGGAUGAUUCUGGCUUGUCCAAUGGCGAGCGUCGUCGAAGAAGACGUCCUCGAGAAGGAGGUUCACGAGAAAAUUCUCAUGAUUCUUCUGCUCCUGCUCCUCCGAGAGAGAGUAGUAGUAAAGACCAUCAUCAUCGAAGACGAGGCAACAGCAAACCACCCCCACCUCGUACAUCGUCUCGCGACACCGAAGACAGCAAUAAUGACAAUACUACAACAGAAGGAGGAGAAAGGUCUCAUCGACGCAGCAAAGAAUCCACUCCUCGUCGACGAGUUCCCGAGCGAACUCGAUCGGCGCGACGCACUCCCAGCGAUGGAGGACAGCGUCGCACGGUAGAACGAACCAGGAGUGCCAGUUCCGUGGGGGAUUUUGGUCGCCCCGAACGAACGCGCAGUGACGACGAAAAUCGAAACCGAUCUCCUACUCGAAAUAACAAUGCUCGCCGCGCGGUCCUGGAACAGCGAUUGGCAGAAAAAGAUGAACGCCGUCGCACGGCCACGAGAGGAGGAAAAGACUCUGGAUCGAACAGCGGCAAUGCUGGCCUGGACGAAUCCGUGGUGGAACGCCGUCGACGUCGCAAGGAAGCGCAAGAAGAUACUACUAAUUCACCACGCAGAAUUCCCUCGUCUGGAACUACUACUCGCCGCGGCAUGGACCACAGUGACAAUUCGCACGAUGUUGUGAAAUCUGGUGGCAUGAACGAUUAUUCCGAGCCCAAUCAUCGAGCGCGAUCGCGGCGAGACGCGCAACGUCCCGGAUUUCGCCGUACGCGUACCGUCGAUGGAGUGGAUAAUCAUCAGCGUCGUCGUGGCGACGACAAUACUGAAACGCCCAGUGUCAUUUUGGAAGACGAGCAAUCGUUCGAAACCGCCCUUCCCAUGCCAGGUCUCCGGCGUGCCCGAACCGAAGAAGACAUUCCCAAGUCGUCUCUUGCCACUCAGGCAUGGGUCAAUGCCGUCGAUUCGCGCAGUCCCAACAAUUUCCUGUACGGUGCCAGCAAUGAUGAUGACGAUGAAAGUGAAGAGGAAGACUUUUUCAAGAGCCCCAACAAUCCAUAUCUGAAUGGCGGCAACAACAACAACAACCUGAACCCCAUGGCAUCCAUGGACAGUUCCUCUUCCAGUAUCAUGAGUGACCUAUCGCAACAAAGCAUGGCCGAUGACUCGGAACGAACCAACAAAAAGAGUCGCAAACUCAAGAAAAUAUUGCCCAAGAAAAUCCGACAUGCGUUCAAGGGAUCCAAGAGCAAGAGCAGCGAUACCACUGACUUAUUGGAUGACAGUGAGUUUACCUACGAUUUGGAUGACUAA